CCGCCCCUCCCGUUGGCCCCGCCCCCUGCGUCUCCGCCCGCCCCGCGACUCCCGCGCACGCUGAAGAUGGCGGCAGCUGUGUGCAGGUUGCUCCGGGCCUCGGUUGCUCGACAGGUGAGCGCCAUCCCUUGGGGCAUUUCUGCUUCUGCAUCCCUUAGGCCUGCUGCUGUCAGAAGGACGGGCUUGACAAAUGUAUUGUGGUCUGGUUCUGGCCAAGCCUUUAGCACCAGUUCCUCGUACCAGGCACCUGCUGUCACUCAGCAUGCACCCUAUUUUAAGGGUACAGCCGUUGUCAAUGGGGAGUUCAAAGACCUAAGCCUUGAUGACUUUAAGGGGAAAUAUUUGGUGCUUUUCUUCUAUCCUUUGGAUUUCACCUUUGUGUGUCCUACAGAAAUUGUUGCUUUUAGCGACAAAGCCAAUGAAUUUCGGGACGUGAACUGUGAAGUUGUUGCAGUGUCAGUGGAUUCCCACUUUAGUCAUCUUGCCUGGAUAAAUACACCAAGGAAGAAUGGUGGUUUGGGCCACAUGAACAUCGCGCUCUUGUCAGAUUUAACCAAACAAAUUUCCCGAGACUACGGCGUGCUGUUAGAAGGUCCUGGUCUUGCACUCAGAGGUCUCUUCAUAAUUGACCCCAAUGGUGUCAUCAAACAUCUGAGUGUCAACGACCUCCCAGUGGGCCGCAGUGUGGAAGAGACCCUCCGCUUGGUGAAGGCAUUCCAGUUUGUGGAAAUUCAUGGAGAAGUCUGCCCAGCAAACUGGACACCGGAUUCUCCUACAAUCAAGCCAAAUCCAACUGCUUCCAAAGAGUACUUUGAGAAGGUAAACCAGUAGAUCGCCCCAUGUGUACCUGCAGCUUCUCACACCAGAGAAGAACCACAGUUGGAACCUGCUUUUAGCAUUUAAGAGAUGAUUGUUUGUAGAAGGCAAAGAAUCAAUUAUGCUUAUAUUCAUAAAUACUACUCUUUUGUUUUUGUAACACUGGCUAAGACUUUUUAAAUGUGGUUAGUUAUUAGUAUUAUAAAGAGUUCUUUAUUGGUAACAUCUUGAUGGCUAGCUAGCUAGUUUCUACAGAAUGCCUUGUUCACCUAUUUCUUAGAUCAUGUCUUCAAAGGGUAAAAGAAACACUCUUUUUGCUUGGCCUUAUUUAAACCUUUGUCUACACCAAAGUAGUACAACAAGUAUCAAAAGCCUCUGAUCAAGGGUCCUGAAAUUUUGUUUUUAAAUUUCUUUGUAUUACACUGAAUCUUCUUUUAAGGUAACAAGGAUCACAGUUUUAAGUUGUUAGCAUCAGCAGUCUAACUUAACAUCUCCCAAUGGAUGUAUGUGUGAUUGAAGAAAA